CCGUCUGGUGCCUGGCAAUAUCAUUGACCUACCUGAUGCCACUCGUGUGUGCAUAUAGUUGGCAUAGUUCGUCUUCGAAAUCCUUAUGAUUGUGUGAACGGUUGCACCGAUGGGAUUCCCUUCGUUGCGGGGUUGUGCAUGUGGACUCGUGGAGAACGCCAGCGUAACUCCUCUCCUUGCUGCUUACACAGACUGCUUCUCCUCCUGCCCACACUGAGAUUUGCGUUACGCCAACGCUGAUUCUAGGCUUAGCUGUAAGUGGACUACUACAGGCUCGAUUCGAAAACAGCUCCAGCGCCAGGAAUUUGUGGCCAGCAGACACCAUCUGAGAACACCAGCCGAGUUUAAGGAAGGCGCCAUCUGAGAGAGCACGACGAAGAUUCUGGUCCGAUAACUUCCCAUCCAUCUCCAGCGGUGCACUCCCCAAAUUUUGCUUCCCGCUCUCUACUGUUGAUGCAUCGAGAAUUCGGAUUCUGUUCUGUCACUACAGAUCUCUUCUGCAGCGAAGUUAACUUCCAUGUCCUCUUGCCUUGUCUCUUUUGCGGCCAUGCCCUCGUUGGCGUACCGAAUCAAUUCCAUCUCAGCAUAAUGCCUCCUGCCUCUCCCCGUACUAACCGUCGCCAAGCAAAGGUUGGGGUCGGUUUCCGUUGUGGGGUUCCUGGGCUGGCAAAUGACAGCUUCACAAACUGCUUUUCUGUUUCGAACAGCUGCUUUCUUUGCCUUCCAUCAUACUUUUUAUAUGAUGGGAAAUUGGCCCAGGGACUACAGUCUCGGUCACUCGGUGCCUUGCAACGUAAAUUGCAACAGGUUGGAAGAGCAGAUUUCCUGGAUCUCCGUACGAGAACGUCAUCUCGAAGCAGUUCUCUUUCUCAGAGCCCACCAAACCAGCUGACGCUGUCAAUCGUGUCAAUCUCAGCUGGUACAAGGCAAAAGGGAAGGUUUGCAAUUUAUGUGAGGAGGCACGUCUUGAUGUCAUGAGACCUUCGGAUUGUGCUCGAAGUUUCGUUCACAGGGGCGACCAUAGCAGUUACUGCUUUGCUUCAUGGCUUGAUGGUAUAACUGCUCCUUCACCAGUGUUAACUGCACAUCUGUCCGAUGCCCGGCUUGCCUUUCUACUGCCCUUCUCCCCGGGGGGUCAGCAAAAAUCAAGGAAAUCUGAUUCUGGGUCACUGCACGAUAUGCACCCGACAUCGAACGAGACUCACGUUGGCGUUAAUGUCCUACAUCGAAAACUCGUCUCACAUUCUCCAACCUGGGGCAAAAGUUAGUGAACAUGUUUCAUAACGGUGCUGACCAGCAUAAACAUUGCAUGUUGGGGUGAAAGCAUGCAUCUUAAAAGUUGGGGACUGUACUAGUUUGCAUUUCAACAUCGGCGGUAGAAUCAACAAGUACUUGACAAGUUUUACUUGCUUGUUUUGAUUUUAUGUGGACAAUCCAGGGUUAACAGUCUAUCAAAUAUAAGGUCGUGCGGAGAAAAAGACCCCAAUUGUUGAUUCCAUAGUCCGAAAUUCUAUUUGCGAUAGACCCACCAUAAUU